GUUCCCAUAUUAUUUGUGUUUCGAAAACGACACAUCAGUAUUUUAUAUAUUCGCCAUUAACUGUGAUGUCUGUGUUAAAAAUUUAGGACAAUUGGAAUAUAGGGGAUGUUUACGGUGGUGUAUAAGUGAAUGUGUGAGCUAUAGAAAUGUGCGUGGUCGCAUGGGCGCUAGCGUACAUAGCACUGGCAGCAGUCGCAGUGCGCGCGCAGUCUGUCACCGUAGUGCAGCUGCAAUUACAAUACAACGAGUUACACCUUGUGCGGCUUAAUAACAGCGUGGAGUACAUCCUGGAGUUCGAAGCGCAACCUCACGUGGGGCGGGAGAUCCCCAGCCUGGUGUGGGUACAGAGCGACGGAGGCGACAUUGCACACCCCGUGCUUAUCACCACGCGGCAGAGAGCGGGCGCAGAGACUUGGCAGCUGCCGUACGAGGUGGAAGGCCGCAAGCUCUUCCAGCUGGAGCGUACGCUCUGCCCUGACGACACGGCUCCAAGGGGCGCCGAUACUGACUCUCUCUGCGAGGGACAGGAGUUGGACCAGUCUGGGCAACGGCACGCGUUCUCACUGCACUUGUCGACGUCAUGCGCGACAGACUUGACGGUAAGCGUGCGUGGCACGCUGCCGACUGUAUGGCGCCUCGAGCGGGAGCAGCCCACCACGCUCUCAGCUACUCAGUGGGCCCCGCGCGUCCUAUAUUACAAAAUGGCUGAGGAAGAACUACAAAUGCGGCUCGUUGUAACCUCGCAGUCCGAGCUGUGCGCCACGCUCUCAGUGCAUAACUACUCGUGUCCAAUUCCUCAAACUCUUGAUGAAAUCGAGUCAGUUGGGCUGCGGCUGACUAUGAUGAAGUCCGGUGCGUUGCAGCUCUCGCGGGAGCAGUAUCCCUCAGGGUUCUACGUAGUAUUGACGGUGUGGCAGUCGGACGACGCGUGCGGUGCUGGUGAAUCCAUUGGCGGUGACGACGUCGACUGGCUGUGGCCCGCGGCGCUCUGGGGGGAGGUGCCCUCGUCUCGCAGCGUGCCCGACAGGCGCAAGGAGUUCACCGUCACCCUCAAACCUGCGCUGAGCCGGAGCCAGUACGUGGUGGCUGGUGUAGUCACGCUGGCAAUCUUCGCUGGCUUCUACGUGCUGUUCGGAGUUCUGGUGUUGGCGCAACGGUGGCCGGCGUUUGCACGUUACGUGGCUCCCCAGGCCGUGCUGGCGGUACCUGGAAUCGCCUCUGUUAACUCUACAGCCGUAACGACGGGCGAGGUGGAAUCCCCUGGGCUCGCGACCACACGGCACAGGAGAGGAUCUACCGACACCUACGAUAGGAGUGACGACAGCGACACCGACAUCGACGACGAAGAUCAAACUGACCUGAGCGUGAGCGAGGCGGGGCAGCAGCGCAGCCUGCCAGCCCAGGGGCAGAACCAGGUGCAGGGACCGUUUGGGCUACCAUCCCGCCUGCGCCUGGCGGCGUUAUCACGGCUGCGCGCGCGCACACUGCGGGCCCGUUCCGACCGCUAUCUGUACAUGCUCUACAUCGUGGCGGUCUUCUACGCGCUGCCCGUCAUACAGUUCGUGAUCGCGUUCCAAGUGGUCAUGAACGUGUCGGGUUCCCUAGACAUCUGCUAUUACAACUUCCUGUGCGCACACCCCGCGGGCGCCGUCAGCGACUUCAACCACGUGUUCUCCAACCUUGGCUACCUGAUGCUGGGUGCGCUCUUCUUGCUGCAGGUGAGGCGCCGACGCGCCCGGAGACAAAAGUUGCCACGGGAUGAGGAGUACGGCAUCCCCGCGCACUACGGGCUGCUGUCUGCGCUGGGUGCUGGUAUGAUGGUGGUAGCCCUGUUGUCGGCCAGUUACCACGUGUGCCCCAACAGACUCAACUUCCAGUUUGACACGGCUUUCAUGUACGUUCUGGCGGUGCUCAGUAUGGUGAAGAUCUACCAGGCGCGCCACCCCGACGUGAAUGCGCGUGCGCACGCCACAUACGGCGUGCUCGCCGUCAUAAUAGCGCUAGUGGUCUGGGGCGUUCUGGGUGGCGGCCCGGUGUUCUGGGGCGUGUUCACGGUGCUGCACAUCUUCACCUUCUUGCUGCUGUCGUUGAGGAUCUACUACCUGGGGCAGUUCAGAUUGGAGAAACAAGUACUGGCGGCGGCGGCCAGUGAGCUGCGCCGCAGUCCACGCCCGCUGUAUGGCGCACGCCUGCUGUUACUGCUAAUCGCUAACGCGCUCAACUGGCUGCUCGCCAUAUACGGGCUGAUCAAGCAAGACAGCGACUUCGCAUCCCACAUCCUGCAGGUGCUGCUGGGCAACACGCUCAUGUACAUGGUGUUCUACCUCGCCAUGAAGCUGGUACACGGUGAACGCUUGCGCUGGUACGCCUGGAGCAUGCUGGCGGGCGCCUCUGCCGCCUGGGCACCGGCUCUCUACUUCUUCGUCUCCGGCAGCACCGAUUGGUCCUCGGCGCCCGCCGUAUCCCGCCACAGCAACCACGAGUGCAAGGUGUUGCAGUUCUACGACUCGCAUGAUCUGUGGCACAUGCUGUCUGCAGUUGCUCUCUAUCUCUCCUUCAACACGAUGCUUACGUGGGACGAUGGUCUGUCAGCUGUCAAGAGAACGGAGAUUGCAGUGUUUUGACCCCACGUUUGUAUCAAUAAAUAGUUAUAAUUCUUACGGACUCAGCUAUUGAUUUGUUGUUGACUAUCUUCUCUUUUAUCAGGUGUAAUCAAAAUAUUUUAUAAUUAUAUAUUGUGUUCACCUCAUCUCGCUAGCCCUCGUAAAAAUUUGGAUUAAGAGGCAAGAGAACAGGUGCCAACUGCCAGAUAGAAGCACUCUCCAGCCUAGCGUAACUCCCUAAGAAAAAAGGGAUUCACUCGAUUGAAUGAAGCGUGCGGUAAUUGAUAGAUUGACAGAUAACGGCUAUAAUCGUGUAAAACACGGGACAGCCGAAAUCCACAACGUUUUAAUAAACUGUUCGCUUUCAAACUUAGCCGGAUUAUACUUGCUCAUACUGUAAUUACUACUAUUUCAAACUUAUGUCAAAUCACUGCACGUUACAUACUAAACUAAUUUUCAAUUUUUACCUAGGCAGCCUCUUAUUACGUAUUAUUUACAUCCUCUUUGACACUCAACAACAACUCUUGGAAACAACAACGCUCAGUCACGUUUAAAUAUUUUAGGGUAUUAUGGUAUUAUAGGAUCAACGUUCGCGCAAAUCAGAUAUCUACGCUGUGGUUAUUUUGUGUCUAGAGUACCUAGAUAAUUUAUAAAGAUGAUAAAAUAAAAUCCAUAACAUCAUACUUUUUUAUUUAUUUUUACCUACGUAAAAUUACUCGUUAUAUAAAUAAAAUAUGUAAAGUAUUAAUAAUUACAUACUGAUUCAAAGAAUAAUGUAGAGCUAUCGUUACUUUACACUACAUAGAAAAAUUGAUGUAUCAUCAGCCGGAGGACGUCCACUGCUGGACAAAGGCCUCCCCCAAAGAUCUCCAAGACGAUUAGUCCUGCGCUGCCUUCAUCCAACGUAUUCCGGCGAUCGACUAGAUCAUCGGUCCUCCUUGUGGGGGGCCUACAAACACUACGUCUUCUGGUACGUAGUCGUCAUUUGAGGACUUUACUGUCCCACCAGCCAUCUGUCCGUCGAACUAUGUGCCAUUUUGUGCCUACUUGAUACACAUUUAUUUAAAUUUGUACAUUAGUGUGUAGUAAAACAAAAUAGUAUAUAAGGUGUAAAAUAUUGUAAAUAAAUCAGAUUGGAAUUUGG